GGCUAAUCCAUCUGAGUCUGGUAUAUAAUAGGAGAGAGGUCACAUCUCAACCAAGUGACAGCCAGGUGUAGAGGAAGACACAAAAUUAGAGAGAGAGUGGAGGACAGGGAGAAAGAAGGAGGUGGUUGGAAGGCAACAAGGAUUUAAUUAAACCACAAAGAAAGAGGAAUCUGGAAUCAAAAGAACACACCGGUUAUGGCUGCAUCAUGGAACGAAGCCAUUUUCGCUGCUCGAAGAAGGCAAGACGAUGAGGACACCACCAGAAGUAGUAUUUUCACGUACACAAACAGCAACAACACCAGGGGUGAGUAGUUUUAUUAGCCCUGAAAGAGUACGGUUUGGAGAGAACAAACCAGAAAUAAGAAUAAACCUCUCAACACCAUAAGCGAGUAGUACCGUGGUCCUUUGAGCAGUUUCUGGGUCCAAAGUUAGAAUUCUAUGCUAUUUUAGAGGAAGUCCACAGGUUAGACCAGGCACAUCCAAUUUGUCAUGUUCCAAGAAACUGCAACGAUUUAUGGUUUAGUUUACCAAUUCUGUCUUUCCAAGUGUAGUGGAGACCACUUAAACAUUGGGAAAAGUCUAAUGAAGUUGUUUAUCAGAAUUAAUUUUCUUAUUUCUUACAUUGCUAUCGAAUAAUAUGUAAUUGAUCUAAUUCUACAAUUGGAAACAAAAGGUUAUUGAGUUGCUUUUUCGACUCAAAAAAACAGGUCACUGAUCGAAGUUCACUGUUCAUAACUGUGGUCCCUGUCUAAUAAUGAUCUUCUAGAGUAUUAAAUAGAAAUAUGUAUUUUAUGCAUAUGGACUGGACAUAUUUAUUUCCUAUCGACAUUCUGAAGCAAUUAAGCAUAUUCUUUAGGACAUAGCUGAUUAUCGCGUGAAAAUGUAGCUUCUCUGCACUGAGAAGGGAUGAUAAUGAUAAAUAUAUCUCCACUAAUUGAUUUAAUUAAGGGACAGUUCAGAGCAGACAUUGCCUUACAGAUCGAUCUUGACAGUAAGUCAGUUGACAUAAUGUAAUUGUGCAUAAUUAUAUCAAGUGUUAAUCUGGAGGAGGGUUUAAUAUAUGGUAGCACUAUAAAAAAUCAACAUUUGUGAGCAACAAAGUGCGACUCUCUUAAUAAUAUUUUCUCCCCAGAUAAUCAUGGGAGAAUUGGAGCAAUAAGAUACCACCAAUCAUAACGACGUUGACAUUUUUACUAUAUUUUACUGUUUAAGCAAAAUGGGAUAAAUAAAAUGUAUUUGAAAGGAGUUGGUUAUCUUUACAUAGAUAUUAAAAUAAUAAAAUUUAAUAAGAAUGAAAAAAUAUCACUUGAUAAAUAUACUUUUUUGUUAAUUUCUGAAUGUUUUUGGAUAAUUUAUUAAAUUAUAAAUAAAUAUUUUUUAAUAUUAUAUUAUAUAAUAAAUACAUGAUUUUUAGUGAGACAUUAUAAAUUUGAAUACACAGAAAAAUAAGGUUGUGUAGCUCAAAUAAACUAUAUUUACACCGUGUUCUAUGAAUAGUUCCUCCAGUGAUAAUGGUUUAAUUUUGCCUGUAGAAAUCAGCAUGAAUUAGAAUAUGCUCUUCAGGGGGCUCCAAUAAACUAUUUAUAAUGCUUCCUAGUUACUUGCAGUGUAAUUAACAAGUUGGCUUAUUUUCUACUACGCAGACCUGAAUCGGCAAUAAUAAACAGCCAUCUAAUUUGUUCUAGGAUUAAUUUCAAUUUCAAUAAAUUGAGGAAUUUUAAAACAGAGCUACUUUUUCAAAAACGGGUGUGAUAAUGACAAAAUUAGCAUCCGCACAUAAUAUAUACAAUUAUUGUAAGGAAUAUGAACAUCAGAGCAUCAGAUGCAAUAAGAAAAAUAGAUAAAAAAGUUUUAGAAAAAAAAAGGAAUGUAUACAGAGACUGAUCCCUGCUGCUCUCCACUGGACCCCAGGGACCACUCCAGCUCUCUUCAAGGUAAGAAAAGGGAGGUUAGGUGUACCUCAAUGUUAAAAUAAAAAAAUAAAAAUAAUAAUAACAAUGAUAAAAUAAAAAUUAAGUGUGUAUGUAUGUAUAUGGAUGUAUGUGUUGGUAUGAGUCAGUGUGUGUAUAUGAAUAUAUGUGUGUAUAUGAGCCUGUAUGUCUGUAUAUAUGUAUAUAUGAAUGUGUGUGUGUGUGUAUGAAUUUCCCUAUGUACAUGAAUAUGUGUUUGUGUAGAAUAUGUGUGUGUAUGAGUCUGUGUGUGUGUACAUGUACGUGUAUGAAUGUGUGUGUCUGUGUGUGUUUAUAUGUGUUUGUGUAUAUUUGAAUGUAUUUGCGUACACAAAUGUAAGUGCAUGUGAAAAAGAAUGUGUAUGUGAAGGCCAGUAUGGGUAAUGAAUUUUCCUAAAUUAGCCCAGUGGGAGCUGGUGGAUAUAGAAAGACAGUAUUCAUCUAUAGUUCUGGGGAAAGUUGCCAAAAUACAUCGAAGCACCGAGGGCAUUCAUUCAAUGUGUCAAAUACAGUUAGAGCUAAUUUAUAGUGAGUUCAUUGUAUAAUUGUCAACAUUUCAGUCCCAUACUUUGACUUUUUUAAAGACAAUUGAAAAAAUGAUAACAUCCAUUUAAAUAUCAAAUAGUACACACAAGAAUACUGGUGAAUAAAAGUUAAAAUUCAGCCGGACCCAGGAGAAAAUCAAAUAGAUAAAGCGAGAACAACAGAAAGUACAAAAAGUAUCCAAUACCCCUCUUCCCACAUAAUAUAUAAUAAUGUAUAUAUCUACUGUAUAUGUGUAUAUACAUAUUCCUCUGAAUUCACUAAUGAUUUAAAAAAAAAAAAAUCAAUUUACCCGCAACUAUAUUAUACUGUGGGUUACUGUUCAAGGUACCAUAAAGUGGUGUUCUCCAGUCUUUUAAUGUGAAUCUCAUAAGUUAUAUUAGGUUUGGGGAGUGGACUCCAUCAAAAUAACACACCGUGUAGGUCAACCCUUCAGUAUUACAUGAAAGCCUUCAUGAUUUAGGGGAAAUAUACCUGAGGCUUUUCAAGGAACAUGGUGAGAAACCCCUUGUUGGCUCCAUUAACCUAUCAAGUAGGACCAGUAAGUGUUAAGAUCUGUAAUGGAAUUGUCAAUUUUACUUUUAAUUUACAAUUAAUUUAUAAAAUGUCAAAAUGUCUUUCAAAUUAAAGGCUAAAAUGUCAAAAAACAUAGCUUACUUUAAUUCCCCCCCCGUUUGUGUAUUUUAACGUAUAAUUUGAUCAUUCACUUUGAAUUCCUAACAGGUCACACUUUAUUAAAUAACAAUUUGACAAAUGGCAAUGCUAUGAGUUUUCUGUGUAGAAUAUGUUUCAAUUGGAAAAAUCGGAUUCCAUAAAAUAACGUUACCACUUAAUAUAUUUACCCAAAGUCUUCACUUUAAAUAUAUAGUACACAUCGGUUCAUCUUCAUUUUGGAUUUCUUUUUGCGAGUACUGCUUGCAACAUUGUAAAUGUCUGUUUCUCAACCUCAGGUCCCUUUGAUGGUCCAAAUUACCACAUCGCACCUCGAUGGGUCUACAACCUCACUUCAGUAUGGAUGAUCUUUGUGGUCAUGGCCUCUGUUUUCACCAAUGGCCUAGUUUUGGUUGCCACCUAUAAAUUUAAGAAGCUUCGACAUCCUCUGAACUGGAUCUUGGUCAACCUAGCAAUCGCUGACCUUGGAGAGACAGUUAUUGCCAGUGUCAUCAGUGUCAUUAACCAAAUUUCUGGUUACUUUAUCCUUGGCCAUCCACUUUGUGUUCUGGAGGGUUUCACAGUUGCAACAUGUGGUAAGAUAUUAUAAUAGUUAUUAUCAAUUAAAAGUGAACCUGACAAGUGACAUAAUCAAAGGGAUCACUUGUAGAGAUUUCAACUGGGUAGCUCAUAUGGUAAAAUAAAAAAAAACCAAGAACCUAAUAGAAACACCUACUGUUUUUAUAUAGAUACUCUGGGUGAGUUAGCCUGUUUUGAAAGUUUGACCUUCUGGUUGCUAGAACAUUUCUCUUGGCCUAGACAUGCAAAACUCUGAGUAAAUUUAACUCUACAGUAGAAGUGAUGUUAUCAGAAAACUACGCUAUUAAAUGAUCAGAUGGUUAAUGCUUUGUUCUAGGAUUUUUUAACCUCCAGGUCUCAAAAAGAUCUCAGAACAGUACAUUCAGUUCCUUUUACAGUCAAAUUAAUCAAAAUCAAAUUUUGACUUACUUCCAUUAUUUGCAUUUUACAAUGUAUAAUCUUUGAGACAAAUUCAGCAUAGCUCCUGUCAUUGAGACUACUUUGUCUCAGUAUUUUUCCAACGCUUGACACUUCUUGACACUCGGCGGAGCUACUGCCCUCAAGAAAUGUCCAUUCCCCAGCCAUCACAGCUGCAGGGAAUUGGCUCUAUCUAUGGUGGAUCCUGCGGUUUCCUCGUAUCCUCCAUAGACCUCAAUGCUGUACACUCAUGCACGUGCGAGAGUACAGCAGUGACACCAGCUCCUGAUGCUGAAUCGCCAGAUGCAGAGGAAGACCAUCCAACAGAGGAUCGGUUCACCCAUGAGGGACAGGUUCAGGUAUGUUAAACUCGCAUUUGCCUGCCGCACUGGGCCACCGGACUCCCAGCGGCGAUGUUACCAUCGGAGGUCUUUGCAAAUUAUGCAAAGUCCCCAAAUAGUGAAAGUUCUGCUUUAAACAGAACAUGAUUUAUUCUACAAAGCCCUAGUUUUUUUCAAGGUACUUUUUACUGGAUUGGUAGGAAAAAGCUAAUCAUGUUGAUUAAUCCCCAGGUAACACAUAGUAAGUUAUUUACUGCAGCAGCUCUGCUGUCCCCAAUGCAACGAGGAGCCCUUGGAAAUUGUAAAAAGUCUAAUUAUGGUAUUCUGCAGAAUUUAUUUUAAAAUUAAUUAAUUCAUUAAUUUUAUAAUUUGAUUUUCCAAAAUUAUAGGUUACUAAGAAAGUAACAUUUUUGGUCCCUGACUAUAUUUCAAUCUACAAGACACAUGCCACCAGUAUCUAAGGAUAUAAGGCACGUAUUGAAUAAAAUAUUUCCAACUAUACUGAAUAACCUGAUGACGCAGAGGUCAUUCUGCAUCAUUGUGCAUGUCAUCACGGCUUCAUUAUGCAGUUCAAACAGUGCAUUUUCCGCUGUGCUGCACAUUGGAAGGCUGGGAGCUAAAAUCUAAUGCAAUUCAAUGUUCAACCCCACCACGAAAAACUGUCAGCUCUUCAAAUAUAAAUAACACUGUCACAUGAACAUUGUCUUAAACUGAAUGAGGUUAAGAAAUAAAUAUGCUGCAACUUUAAAACGUAUCACCAAAAUAAGCUACCUUACACGUGUAUGUGUUCAGUUUAUGUCUUUGUAGACCUUACUUUACAACAGUUACAUUGUUUUAUCUGUUUUGUCAGGAAUCACUGCUCUUUGGUCUUUAACCGUCAUUGCCUGGGAACGAUGGUUUGUAGUCUGCAAGCCUUUUGGUAACAUAAAGUUUGAUGGAAAAUUGGCAAUUGCGGGCAUAAUAUUCUCGUGGGUUUGGUCAGCUGGCUGGUGUGCACCUCCAAUUUUUGGUUGGAGCAGGUAAGUUCCUUUGAAUUUGCAAUCCUUCUAUGAAGUCAAACACUUUGAAACAGGGGUCAUCUCAGCUAUUUUAUUAGAUAAUCCCCAAUAUGCGCACUCACAUAGUUUACAAAUGUAAAAAACGUUUUUAAACUGAGCCUACAAAUUGCUAUCCAGUGUUAUUUUCUAAAACAACAAUUGUUGGCAAAUGAUGAGAUAAUUGCAAAUUGUAUCCCAAUUUAGCUGUGCUUGAAAAAUGGCUGAUCUGGAGAAAUCUUUCAGUUUGGUUAUUUUGAUUCAAAUUUUGCAAUUCCUUGGUCAAUUCAUAACAAUGUUCAGAUUCAGUGAUUAACUGAUUAACUCUUUAUGGUUAAAAUAGCAGAGGACUUGAAUGUAACUCACAGGUGUGUGCAAGGCUUGGUGAAGUCACCAUUCUCAGAGUAGGUUGGGGGUUUUUGAAGUUGCCCCCAGGGCAUUAAGUUUGGGAGCACUGGUAACGCAUUUUCUAUCUAAGAUAGAGCAAUUUGGUCCCUUAAGAAGAUACCCCACACAUGUCAGUUGUAUGCACAAAUUAGGUUACUUUUGGUUAUGAUAGGUGAAUGUUUCUUUUUUUUUAAACUUAUUUUUUUCUGUUAUAUAUUGUUUAAAUUAUAAAUAAUUUAAGUCCUCUAAGCGUAAACAGCUCUUGUGAGAUAUGGCAUAUAUUCAACAAUGCCGCAGAAAUAUAUGGUAUCCAUAAGACUGACCGAACCCUAUCAUGGUCUAGAGAGAACGUAUUAAAUAAGUAAGAAUUCCUAGGGAUUUGCAGCAAAUGUAGGAACGUCAGUUGUUGGUAUUUUGGUUAAUGCUUUCGGGAUCAAUGACGUGUAAAGGCCAUCAUAAGUAUAUGAGAUUUAACAAACAUUACUUUAUAAUGUAUGUAUUUUAAAGGGACACUCUAAGCACCAAUACAACUGUAGCUGAAUGAAGUGGUUUUGGUGUGUAGAGCAUGCAACUGCAUCAGCAACUGCAUUAAUAGCCUGCUAGAGCCUCUAUAUAAUGCAGGAGAUAAGAGUGUGUGAACUCCAAACUGGAGUGUCCCUUAAUGUAAAUGCACAUAUCAAGGAUAUACAGAAUUAAAUGACAGUCAGUAAGAAAAUGUUAGCAAACGCCAGCAUACUGAAUCCAUAACUAUCAGGAGCAUUCUAUUCGAAAUACUAUGAAACCCCAACAAAGCAAUGCUUUCAGGCAUGGCGGAGUUCAUAUAGUUUGCAUUACCUGCUGAUUAAACUGCGUGCCCAGACUAUAAGAGUGUGUUGAUGCCAUAGUCGCCCCCUAGAGCUUGCAUCAAAAUGAUGAGGCGCGGGUAGUUCAUGAUAAAAGGGCGCUGUGUAAUAGCGUCAAGCAUUAGAAUUGAUGCUAAAAAACUGCUGAGAAGACAGAACAGAGCAGGUGUACACAGGUACCUUCACAUCACCUCAAUACUUGCUCCACACUAGCUAGCCAUAAGAAGAUCUGAGGUAAGGGGGUACAUCCAUUACAAUCUGUCCAGAUAUUCUGUUUUGGGGGGAUAAAGUUAAAAAAACAUUUCAUUUAACAUCGUAACCUCAGAAAUAAGACCUGCAAACACACUGAUCUUCUCCUGCAGAUAUUGGCCUCAUGGUUUGAAGACCUCCUGUGGUCCAGAUGUGUUUAGUGGAAGCACGGACCCUGGCGUUCAGUCUUACAUGAUGGUACUCAUGGUUACCUGCUGUAUAAUUCCUCUGGGUGUCAUUGUCCUCUGUUAUAUUGCCGUUUGGUGGGCCAUCCGGAAGGUGAGCGAUGUUUUUAAAAUGCUACAUUCAUGGUUAAAGGGUUACCCUAACCACCACGACAACCUCUGCUUUUAGAAGUGGUCAUGGUGGUAAGAAAUGUGUGCGUAAAAUACAUCUUAUUAUUUGAAAAAGAUUAACUAACUCUUUGAGCAAAUGGUUGGCUUAGUUCUGGCACUAAAUGUAACAGUACACAAAAAAAAAAAAUCUUUACCUAAAUCACUAUAAAAAGUAUAAAGCAAUGUGCUUCGCUAAAAGGAUACACAUUGCACAAUCUGGGCGUCAACACAACUUAAAUGAAUUUGAUAGAAUUUUUCCAUAGAAAAUAUUAAUUAGUCUUUCCGCAUUCAAGGGGCUUACUAUUUAGCUCUGUGUCCGUCUUACUGUGUCUCUAACCCUGUUACAACUAACUAGAUUUUUUUUUUUUAUUGUGAAUGUCCUAAGCAUUUUUUUGUGCUACUCUUUUAAUCAAUCAGGUUGCCCAGCAGCAGAAAGAGUCAGAAUCCACUCAGAAAGCUGAGAGAGAAGUGUCCAGGAUGGUGGUAGUCAUGAUCUGUGCAUAUAUAUUUUGCUGGGGACCAUAUACAUUUUUUGCUUGCUUUGCCUCUGCUAACCCAGGAUACAGUUUCCACCCUCUGGCUGCCUCAUUGCCUGCGUACUUUGCCAAGAGUGCUACCAUUUACAAUCCGAUUAUCUAUGUGUUCAUGAACAGACAGGUAAGCAAUGCAGUGAGCACCGUGAUGUCAUACUUAAGGUUUGUAGGAAUGCCAUUUUUAAAAACACUGCUUUAAAGGGACUCUAUCGUCACCAAGACCACUUUGUCUCAACGAAUUGGUCUGGGUGCAGUGCCGCAGUCCUCUUUAUCCUGCAAUAUAAAACAUUGCAGUCUUUUUUUUUUUUUUUUGAAACAGCAAUUUAACAGGAGAUAUGAUAACAUUAUACAGAUAUAUUCGGGGCCAGUACAAACCAUUGUCUGGAAAUCUAUUCAUAAACAGGGCAAUACAUAGGACACAAGGUCACACAUUUAGGCUGGAAGAAAGGAGAUUUAAUCUAAGGCAAAGAAAAUGUUUUUUUUUUUUACAGUAAGAACAAUAAGGAUAUGGAAUUCUCUGCCUGAAGAGGUGGUUUUAUCAGAGUCCAUACAGAUGUUUAAACUGCAAUUGGAUAAAUACUUCCAAAAACAUAACAUACAGGGAUAUAAUUUCUAAUUAGUGGGGUAAUAGCUGCUUGAUCCAAGGAGACAUUUGACUUCUAUUUUGGGGUCAAAAAGGAUUUUAUUCCUAGUUUGUUGCACUUCAGACUAGGUUUUUUGCCUUCUUUUGGAUCAACAGCAAAAAACGUAUGUGAGGAAGGCUGAACUUGAUGGACGCAAGUCUCUUUUCAGCCUAUGUAACUAAUACAAAAUCCAACUCUAGUGGCUGUCAUGCUGAUAACAACUAGAGACGCUGAACAAGUAAAACUUGUCACGUGAUGCGGAAGUCCAUAAGGAAGCUUGAAUGUGUUCGUUGGAUUUGACCAUCAUGGAGGAGGUGAGCAGCGCUGGGGGAGCUUUGGCGCUGGAGAAAGUUAAGGAAAUCAUUUAUUUUAUUAAUUUUUAUGACAAACAAUACAACUAUGGACAGGGACACUAUAACAUUAAAAAUAUAGGUUGUGUUUACCUAAUUCUAUAGUGUUCCUUUAAUGGAAUUUGGGACAUCAAAAAAAAAACUAGACAUGACUAUUUAUGUGCUGAUAUUGAUUGUAGAAAGGUAAAAAAAAUUUACAAACUCAUUCUCCUAACAUAUAAAAUAUAUAAUUAUAGUAUAAUUUAGGAAAUUUGUACACCCAAGGAUUUGUGUAUUUCAUGGUUUUUACUUAUUAUUCCUGGUUAGACUGUAAAGCCGAUGUAUUUAUUAAUGUAUUUUUGUUUAUUAAAUUUCUCCCAUAGUUCCGGAACUGCAUUUAUCAACUUUUUGGAAAAAAGGUCGAUGAUGGAUCUGAGUUGUCCACUUCUUCAAGGACUGAAGUGUCUUCCGUUUCGAAUUCGUCAGUGUCGCCUGCCUAAGAUACCCACGGCUCUUAAAUUUUGCCCUUAAUCUAUUAUCUUGGUUUUUUUUCUCUGUUUAUUCUGUAUAUAUUUGAUUCCCGGGGCAGUUAUAGACUUUUAAUCACAACAUAAAAUUUUUUCUUUCUAUGAAGGCACUAAUAACACAUUAUUUGGCAGUGUCAAAAGCACAUUUUGCUUAUUAAUGACCUAAUGUCAAACUUGCACCUACAAAUAAAUUUUAUUAUAUGGGCAGCCGGACUGUCCUGUUCUUAACAUGCUAAAUGCAACAAUAUAAUCUUUCAAAUGUAGUUGGAAUGAAGUGGACAGCAAUGACCAAGAGUGGAUGAAUCUUGGUUUAAUGUGUCCAAGCUAUCACCAAGUCAAGACCUCUCGGCUUGCACAAAUAGCUUAGUCCGCCAUGUUUGAAAUCCGGCUCUGCCUUCAGCAGGCUCUCCAGCUAUUGGCGAAUGAAUGGCAUAUGAUAUGAAACAAGCCUGCAUUUGGAUGGGAAUAAGCUGAGUGAGCACACUAAGAGUUGUAGCUCAACAAGUGCAAGAGAGUUACCUGUUACUUGUAGCCCCGUCCUAAAACAUAACUUCAACACAGCAUUGGGCUGUGACGCAUUGACUUAAAACCACGAAUUAAGGUUACAACACAGCAUUGGGCUGUGACGCACUCACUUAAAAACACGAAUGAAGGUUACAACACAGCAUUGGGCUGUGACACAUUCACUUAAAAACAGAAUGAAGGUUACAAAUGUAAGAACUCACUUGAUGCAUGCCCCUCUUUUAAAAUUGUAUUGAAGGUGUAAAAAUAUGAAUGUUUAAUGCAGAAUACAUAUAUGCUUGAGUCUUGUUUUGAUUGCAGUGAGAGUUUUAUUUUUAUUUCGCUCUUGCAGUAUUAAAAUUGUCAGCAUUCUAUCAUCACAGAACGAUUAAUAUAAACCUGGUGGGUUGAUCGAUGGACAGGAACCACUAGUAUUAACCAUUUGGCCACUGCCAACUCCAUACCAAAUAAAAGGGGCUAGGAUCCAGAAACAUUUUGGGUUUGAGCCCAAAGGAAAACUUGAUGACCCGUACACCAACACAAAAAUAGGCCAUGACAUACUCUGGGAUCUCAAUCAAGGCAUAGCCAAGUAUUCAAUGUGAUCCCAUCAAGAGAAACAUAGAAACAUAGAAUGUGACGGCAGAUAAGAACCAUUCGGCCCAUCUAGUCUGCCCAAUUUUCUAAACACUCUCAUUAGUCCCUGGCCUUAUCUUAUAGUUAGGAUAGCCUUAUGUCUAUCCCAUGCAUGCUUAAACUCCCUCACUGUGUUAACCUCUACCACUUCAGCUGGAAGGCUAUUCCAUGCACCCACUAGGCUCUCAGUUAAGUAAUACUUCCUGAAAUUAUUUUUAAACCUUUGCCCCUCUAAUUUAAGACUAUGCCCUCUUGUUGUGGUAGUUUUUCUUGUUUUAAAUAUACUCUCCUCCUUUACUGUGUUGAUUCCCUUUAUAUAUUUAAAUGUUUCUAUCAUAUCCCCCCGUCUCGUCUUUCCUCCAAGCUAUACAUGUUAAGAUCCUUUAACCUUUCCUGGUAUAAGUAUAAUUUAGGAAAUUUGUACACCCAAGUAUUUGUGUAUUUCAUGGUUUUUACUUAUGGUCUCACCAGUGUUCUAUACAAUGGCAUGAGCAGUAUAAUCCUGAUAAUUAACAAUUAUGCUCCUGAGUCAAAGAAUUUUUAACCAACAAAUGUGCCACAAAUUAGUAAAGCAUAUUGCAUUAACAUGUACUAUUCUUCAUGAUGAUAUGAUAGGGUAUCACAUUACAAUAUAUCCUGUAAUAAAGAAGCAUUAACCAUAUGUAUUCUAUGAGUUUAGAAGG